AAAACGUACGAUCUUGGCAAAGUACGAGAGCGCUAUCUCCGCAAUAGCGAUUAACUAGUCGAUUCACUGUAGCAAUCAAAGUUGAGAAACCGCGCGAAACAAUGCGAAACGAUUGUGAAACGCGAUUCGAUCUUGCUCCAGUGUGAUCGUUCUGUUUUCAAAUAUAUUUCGUUCCAACGAUCAUCGGUAGCGUUUUGUCGACGAGCGUCGUACCUGUUAGAGGGGUUGGGAGGAAAAAAGGGGGGGGGAGAAUCGCGAGGUGGUUGAGCUUGAUAACCUCGAUUCCAGAUUUUCGGUACGCGACCAAGAAAAUUCAAGUUCGACUGGAUUCAUCGUUGACAACGAACGAGGCAAAAUGUCUGAAAAUUAUGAGGAGAUCGUCGAGGAGGAAAAUUCAGUUACAAUGUUAGACGUGCUCCGGGAAGAGAAUCAAUUGGAGGAGGACGCGUAUGCGGUUUUGGGUGCAUCCGAUGAUAAAAAUUGCACCUACAGCAAGGGUUACACACGACAGGCUCUCUACGCGUGCAAAACUUGUUGCCAGAAGUCAGUACGUGCAGGGGUUUGCCUUGCCUGCAGUUUUCAUUGUCACGAGGGCCACGAGCUCAUCGAACUGUACACUAAGAGGCAUUUUAGAUGCGACUGUGGCAAUUCAAAGUUUGGAGGAAAAAAGUGUAAUUUGGAUCCUUCAAAGGACUCAAUAAAUGUUGAGAACCAAUAUAAUCAUAAUUUCAAUGGCCUUUAUUGCAUUUGUCAAAGACCUUAUCCGGAUCCAGAUAAUACGCUUAAUGAUGAGAUGUUACAGUGUAUAAUCUGCGAGGAUUGGUAUCACUCAAAGCAUUUAGAAUGUGAAAAGGAAAUACCAGCAGAUACUGGAUACGAUGAAAUGAUCUGUGCUGGUUGUAUGAAAAAGAAUGACUUCCUUUGGAAUUAUGCCAAGAAGUAUACAGGUAAUUUGAAACUUUUUAUUCUAUAUGUAGUGGCAUGUUUCUGGCUCCAUGAAGAGGCGUAG